UAUUUCAGGCGGUCUCUGCCUGAUAGGAAUAAUGGCCGCCUUCGUAGCAAUGGCUGGAACAGGGAACAACACAAGAAGCAUAUUAGAGCGUUACAGCUGACCAGGAAUCGCAUUCAUAACCGGGCACCCCCUCCAACCCUUACUUCUGAACGGAUGGGUAGAGGGGGUCUUGCCAAAGGACAUAAGAAACGAAAGAGACUCGGAAAGAAAGGGGGCACAGCUAAUACAGCUAGCGCACUGCCGGGGGAACAAACCCGAGGAGUCCUGACAUCUGAGUGUUGAGGAGGCUGAGAGUGUGAUCAAUAACCGGGGCUUCGAGCUAAUAUGAGCGGACCGGGGCAGGACAGCGAGCCAGAGGCGAAAGUCCUUCUCAUAAAGCGGCUUUACAGGGCUGUGGUGGAGUCUGUGCACAAGCUAGAUGUCAUCAUCGGCAGUAAAUCGUCCUACAGAGAGGUCUUCAAGCCAGAGAACAUCAGCCUUCGCAACAAGCUGAGGGAGCUCUGUGUGAAGCUGAUGUUUCUCCACCCUGUGGACUACGGCCGAAAGGCUGAGGAGCUUCUCUGGAGGAAGGUUUACUAUGAGGUCAUCCAGGUUAUCAAGACCAACAAGAAGCACAUUCACAGUCGCAGCGCUCUUGAGUGUGCCUACCGCACGCACCUGAUUGCCGGGGUGGGUUUCUACCAGCACUUGCUGCUCUACAUCCAGUCGCAUUAUCAGCUGGAGCUGCAGGACUGCAUCGACUGGACCCACGUCACAGACCCACUCAUCGGUCGGAAGAAACCGGUGUCAGCCACCCCGAAGGAGAUGGAGUGGGCACAGAUGGCCUGUCAUCGCUGCCUGGUCUACCUGGGAGAUUUAGCCCGCUAUCAGAACGAACUUGCUGGAGUGGAGGCUGAGCAGCUGGCGGAGAGGUUUUACCAUCAAGCCCUGUCUGUCAUGCCACACAUAGGAAUGCCUUUUAACCAACUGGGCACACUGGCAGGGAGCAAGUUCUACAAUGUUGAAGCAACCUACUACUACCUACGCUGUAUCCAAUCAGACGCCCCCUUUGAAGGCGCCUAUGGCAACCUGAAGCGCUUGUUUGACAAAGCUGCCAAGAUGUACCACCAAGUGAAAAAGCAGGAAAUGAAGAAGUUGUCUCCGUCUCGACAAAGAUCAAAAGACAUAAAGCGUCUCCUGGUCAGCUUCAUGUACCUUCAGAGCCUGCUGCAGCCCAAGAACAGUUUAAUGGAGACAGAGCUGACAUCACUCUGUCAGUCGGUGCUCGAGGACUUCAACCUGGUGCUGUUCUACCUACCGCCACCGACACAUGGCGUCGCUCACCACUCCCCCAGCGAAGAAGAAGACGAGCCGCAGCACGCGGACAACUCCUGUCCGGUGCUGCCCGAUACACUGGUCUUCAAGAUGGUGGUGACGUGUCUGAUGGUGGUGCACAGCCUGAAGAGGGGAGGAUCAAAGCAGUACAGUGCGUCCAUAGCUUUCACUCUGGCGCUGUUCUCUCAUCUGGUGAACCACGUCAACAUCCGGCUGCAGGCUGAACUGGAGGAAGCGGAGAGCCAGGUGCCUCCACUUCACACCGACGCUGCAGAUGACCUGGAGACGAAGGAUCUGACAGCUCCAUCAACAGACCGCUCUGAGGAGAAGCCUCUGCAGAACGGCUCCCUCGAGCAAGAAGACGAUGAGGAGGAGAAGGAUGAAGAUGGCUGUGAAAGGGUCGGUGUUAAAAAGCAUACCAGUGUGGAAGAACAACGCAAAAUGGAAGAAGACAAACAGAGACAGAAGAAGAAGUACACCCGCCUGUCGAGGCUCCGCCGACGCCGCUGUGCCCGCAAGGACACUCGAGGAGAGGACGAGAGCGACCUGAGCGAAGGCUUCGAGAGCGAAGAGGAUGAGGACGAGGACGACGAGAGGAGGGGUCACACUGAUUCAACAGGUGGCAGCACCACUGGAAUCCCACCCAAUCCUCCACCUGUCAGGAAGCAGACUAAAAGAGACCCCCUUGUUGAGGAGGGCAGCUGGGGGAGUGGCUCAGAGGAAGAGGAGGAGGAGGAAGGAGGGACGGCGUUCGAUGUAGAAACCGACUCUGACAUGAACAGCCAGGAGUCCCGAUCAGACCUGGAAGACAUUGAGGAUGCUGAAAACUCAGACAACACAGAGGGUCAGGCGCAGGAGCAUCAGGAGGAAGACGAAGAUGAAGACCAACCCAAGGAGGACGGAGGGGAAAGGGACGGCGAUACUCCCCCAACCACUAACGGACCGCUCAUGCCCAGCGACUCGAGCAUCAGCAGUAACCUGCAGGCCAUGUCCUCGCAGCUCUUCCAGGCAAAGCGCUGUUUCCGCCUGGCACCAACCUUCAGCAACAUGCUGCUGAGGCCCCAAGCGUCCUCCUCCACGGGUAACCCCACCCCGACUGACUCCUCUGCUCCCCCCUCCCAAGAGACGCCUCCUCCUCCCAGUGACUCGCCCUGUGACUUGAACCCUGGUACUGCCAACGGAACCAAUGAAAAUGACAUGGACUCUGACUCUGAAGGCAGCCAACACAGUACUCCGUCUGUGCACAGUGAGAAAACCCUUCUAGAGAAGCUGGAGAUCCUGACCAAUCAGGGCUUGAUCCAGGUGGUGAAGGUCUUCAUUGAUUGGCUGAGGACAAACACAGACAUCAUUCUCAUGUGUGCACAGAGUUCUCAGAGCUUGUGGAACCGACUGUCCGUGCUGCUCAACCUGCUCCCAGAUGGCAGCAAGAUGCUGGAGGCUGAGCUGGGUCUGAACACGGAGGUGACAGAGCUCAUAAAUGAGUGUGAGCAGCCCGGCUUGGUCCAGACUCUGCUGCUGCCUGAGGAUUUGGCCCUGCGACACCUGCCUGCUCUCAAUGUAGCUCACCGCCGCCUGGAUUUCAACCGCCGCAACCCCUCCCUCAGUUCCUUACAAGAGUGUGUGGUGCGAGUGUGUUGCAUCCGCAGUUUUGGUCACUUCCUGACGAAUCUCCAAGGCAACGUGCUGCACUUCAACCCAGAGGCGGGCAUCUUCACCAGCAUCAGCCAGUCCGAACAGGACAAUCUGGUGCAGCAGGCCAAGGCCCAGUUCCGAAUGGCUGAAGAGGAGGCUCGUCGAAAUCGCUUAAUGAGGGACAUGGCUCAACUACGACUGCAGUUGGAGGUGUCACAGCUAGAGGGCAGCCUUCAGCAGCCUAAGGCGCAGUCCUCCAUGUCUCCCUACCUGGUGCCAGACACAGCUGCUCUCUGUCAGCAUCUGAACCUCAUCAGGCAACUGGCCGGCAGUGGCUGCUUCAUCAUCAUCAUCCCACGGACAGUGAUUGAUGGACUUGACAGGUUGAAGAAGGAAAAUGCCGGAGCAAGGGAUGGUAUUCGCUUCCUUGAGUCUGAAUUUCGCAAAGGAAACAGGUACAUACGCUGCCAGAAGGAGUCCGGUCGCAGUUUUGAACGAGAUAAACUGAAACGUCAGGACAUCGAAGCCUGGCAUUUGUACAAGAUGGUGGACAGCUGCCGUCAGCUGACAGUCUCCCAGAGCAACGGAGAUGAAGACACAGCCGGCAUGGUGACCAUUCUGACAGGCCACCAAGUGGAGGAGCUUUGCACUCAGUCUGCAGCAAUGAAGACGGCGAUCCAGGCUGCAGGCUCGGCGGGCAUGGAGCUGAAGAACAUCGUGGAGUUCUACCGGCAGUGGAAGGAGAUUGGCUGAGAGUUCAACGGGGGGCAGCUGUCAGUGCUGCGAACAGCUGAUCGAUCACAACACUCGCUCCCUCUCUCUCUCUCCCACUCUUUUGCUCUGUGUGUAUCUGCGUCUCUAAAGGCAAAAACCAACUGAAAAGAAAGCUGAAUCGAAGGAAGGAGUUAUAGUGUAGAGGAGUGGAAAAGAUAAAACAAUGGAGUAAAAAAAAAAGGAAAAGAGAAAUGAGAGCGAACAACGGCGCUAUAAGAAACAGCAGAUCUCCCCACCUCCCACUCCCAAUCCUAAACAUAAAGAGUGACCCCUAGUGGUCGGGGUGCGGAAACGGUGAGGGAACGCUCCACACAAGUUUUUAAGUGCCCCUGGUUCACAUCUAACCAGGAAUACACUGUACAUGUUAGCAAACGAGUACCUACGUGUCGAGAGAGAAACCGCACACAGACAUAAACACAUUCACGCUCAGAUGAAUCCAUUUAGAUAUUUAGAGCUGAGGUUUCUGUUCCCUCCUCCCCUUUCCUCUCAGUAUGUAUUUAAGAAACAGGGUUUAGAGUGUGUGAGUGUGCGAGGGCUGUGUUUUCAGGAAGUCGAGGGUGUAUGACGACAACUUACAGAUAGAGGGAAACCCACUCUGUCCACCUGACACCUGAGGCUUCCCGCCUUACAAAACAAACCAGGGCGUCUCACAGCAGCUCAACAACCUCCAGGAAAGGUUGAGGAAGACGAGUACUCUUCCUCAGGAUCAGUUUCUUUCCUCUGUGGCUUUUUUAUUUUGAUUUCAUUAGGUUUUCUUUAUUUGCGGUGUACUUUUUGUGACCAGUGACUUAUGUAUUGUGCUAUCUCUGUAUGAGAAAAGAAGAAGAAAAAAAAACACGACAAGUGUUUCCCUGUUCAAGGUUUUAAUUUGGAUUUUAUUUUUGUACCCAAAUGAUGUUUAUUUUGCUUUUUUGUAAGCUGAAACUGAAUGACAUAUGCAAGAAUGUUUAAGGGAAAGGAAAAGGGUUUGUUGUUGUGUGUUGAUCCACUUAACAAGUCCUCCAGUUCUGAAAGUUAAAAAAAAAAAACUUAUAAUCCUGAAUUUAUUUAACAAGGUGUCCUGUUAGAAGAAGGAGGGAGGUAGCAGCUUAUUAGCCUCGUGUUGUAGCUACUCAUCAGUGAGGCUCAGAAGAGAGGGGAGGACAGCUGACUCUCCCAGAGGAUGGUGGGUUUUGUUUGGACCCCUGUAAACUCCUUAAAUGUACCCCAUCUACACUUCAUCUCCAUAGUGACUGUCCCAUCAUGCACAGUGCAAAAGAAAACCAGUAUAUGUGUGUGGCCAUGCAUUGAACAAUAAAGAGAAACUAAGAUGA